AUAUUUUCAACGACCGCCACGGUAUCCAACGAAGAACUGUGCCUGGUGAAAUUUCCCGACCGGAGUGGAGAUGCGCAAUUUUGGCUGGGGUUAUAUCAAGCGCAAAAAGUACUUCUGGGGUUCCUCAUUCCGUUCGUAAUAAUCACUGUCUGUUACCUGCUUCUCCUACGCUUCAUAACUAACAAAAACGUGAACACCUCCAGUGCUAAGAGGCGAUCAAAAGUGACUAAAUCUGUGACUAUCGUCGUUUUGUCUUUUUUCCUGUGCUGGCUACCGAAUCAGGCGUUAACAGCGUGGGGAAUCUUAAUAAAACUCAAUGUAGUGCACUUCAGUUACGAGUAUUACACCACACAAGUGUAUAUUUUUCCAGUUACAGUAUGUUUGGCUCAUUCAAACAGUUGUCUCAAUCCCAUUCUGUACUGUCUGAUGAGAAGGGAAUUCAGAAAAGCGUUGAAAAAGCUGUUUUGGCAAAUCACAUCGCCUUCUGAGACGAACAUGAGACCGUUUACCGCGUCCACGAAGCCCGAGCAGGAUGAACACGGUCCAGUACUGGUUCCGCUCAGCCCCGCGGAGCCAGCGCUUAUUUUUUAUCCUCCGGGGGCUGUCAUGUAUAACGGCAAAAACGACCCUCUGCCUAACAGCACAUAACGCGAAGUUGUGAAGUUGAUGGGAAAUGUUUCAGACUCAGACAAAAUGGCAAAUUAAUUAGUUUGUACGAUUUUGUUUUUCUCCCCCCUCCAACUAAACCAAUGCGCAGACUGAAAGAGUUCCGGUUUGGAACACCUUGCAGAAGUGGAAGGGAUCCUCCCCAUUCUAAACGCUGAAAUCCAUUCCGGGUUUUACAUUUUCACCCUCUCACUAGUGAGAAGCCCUUUAACUUCGCUCCCUGUUCAACUUCUACUCUGCCCUGCUCAUACUCUAAUUUGGAACUGUGAAAACAAUCUAAUUAGAAAGGCAAGUUUUUGUAUUCAUUAAAACCUUUUAGAGCCUAUUCAC